AUGCGAUGCGCGAGCAAGGCCGCCGAGAGCGCGUCUGCACGUCUCUGUGCGGACGCCGAAGCAGAAACCACAGCAGCUGAUGUCUCAUCGGUUGCUGAAGCGACUCAGCCUGUGUCACUUGGCGAUGCAGGCGCUGGUCAUGAAGACACUCAUGUCUUCACAGAGUAUGAGCUCGGAGUCUCGUACUCUCCUGAUACGGAAGACGGAUCCGUAUCGACGGCGAUCGAAUCCAAACCGCCUGCCAAGCGUGGCAUGGAUGAUGCUAUGCGUCGCAGCAUCUUUGGUACAUCUGAUGAAUCAGAUGAACCAUCGCCGAAGCGAAGGCGCUCGAGGUCGCGAGACUCGGGCGCUAACAGUGGUGUCGGUUCUCCUAUGGACACCACUUCGCAACGAGGUGCCAGUCCUUCUGUCGGCACGUCGCAAGAAGAGCGGGAACGCAGUGUGUUGCGUCUCUCUCCCGAGAAGAAGGCAUGGCUACCUCCUAAAUCCGUCAUGGAUCACUUGUCGGCGACGACGAGUGAUCGUUAUCGAGCACGGUUGUUCGAUUCGUCAAGGAUCCAUCACCUUGACCUCAGUGUGAAAAACUAUCACGCUGAGAACGAAUUCUUCAUCGAUGCUUUCUUUAGACAUCGAUGGUACAGUGGGAAUCACAAGCGUGAUGGUCCCUCACUGCUUCAAGCGUGGAACGCCUACAUCCAUAACCUUGAGGAUGUAUGUCGUGACGUUCGGAACGACAAACUUAUCAAAGCUAGUGAUUAG